UCGCGUGUUUGAUUGACAGCUCCGCAGCUGCAGAAGCAGAUCUGUGAUCAUGGCGGAUGAGGUGUCGCGAGCUCAGAGCGCGCAACCGGGAGGAGACACGAUAUUCGGCAAAAUCAUCCGUAAAGAGAUUCCUGCCAACAUCAUUUAUGAAGAUGAUCAGUGUAUUGCCUUCCAUGAUGUGGCCCCUCAGGCUCCCACUCACUUCCUGGUGGUCCCCAGAAAGCCCAUCACUCAGAUCUCUAAAGUAGAGGAUGCUGAUAAAGAGCUGCUCGGACACCUGAUGGUGGUUGCUAAGAAGUGUGCCGAGCAGGUGGGUUUACCCAGAGGAUACCGACUGGUGCUCAAUGAGGGUCCCGACGGUGGUCAGUCCGUUUACCAUGUUCACAUCCACGUCCUGGGUGGCCGUCAGCUGGGAUGGCCUCCUGGAUAACCACUGUAUAGCUAGUUGUGUCAUUGUUCACCAUAACUGAGGUUAAAUGUUAAAUGUCAAGUAAGAAUCAAUCCAGAAAAUAAGUUCUGACUGAGGAUGUCAAUAAAAACCAUUAAAUGUU